AUGUCCAAAGAGAUCGUCGACAAGGCGUCGGCUGUGUUAGGUCCCAGAAUCGAGCUCAAAACGAUCGCUCAAGGUGCAGAAGCUGUGGUCUUUUCAACUAGAGUUCAUCCAUACUUACCAAGUGGUCAUGAAGAUAAAAAGUACAUCGUCAAGUACAGACCUCCUAAGAGAUAUAGGCACCCCUCCAUCGACCAAGCUCUGACAAAACGUAGGACCUUGGGGGAGUCACGUCUGCUGGCGAAGCUUUAUCUGCUGGAGGGAUUGAACGUCCCAAAGAUAAUAGCCUGUGAUGCAUACAAUGGUUUCAUCUGGGAGGAGUUUCUGGGAGAAGAGUUACCAGAAGGAUACGGCUUCAGUAAUCUUAAGAACUUCCUCUGGAUGUACUCGGCGAAAGAUCGUAAUCCUCAUGACGAUGUGGUGAAGAGGACUUUGAUUCGUGUUGGCCAACAAAUAGGCUUAUUACAUUGGAAUGGCUACUGUCAUGGCGACUUGACGAGCUCGAACAUCGUUCUAGAGAACGUAGAAGGUAGCUGGCAGCCUUAUCUGAUAGAUUUUGGGCUCGGGUCCAUAUCGGACUCUGUAGAGGAUAAAGGAGUCGAUUUGUAUGUGCUUGAAAGGGCCAUCCUUAGUACACAUUCAUCUUAUGCAGACCAGUACAAUGCCUGGUUAUUAAAGGGAUUCUCUGACAUCUACAAGGGACAUGGAAAGAUAGGUCAAGCAAAGCUGAAAGAAGUUCUGAGCAGGUUCAACGAAGUGAGGCUUCGUGGCAGAAAGAGAAGCAUGAUCGGAUAA